CGGAGCCGAGCUCCCAGCCGGCGCCUCCGUACAAAGCCGGAGCCGCUGACAGCACCGCUUCUGCGGCUCCGUGCCCGGGCGCUGCAGGCGGAGGCGUGCGCUGGUGGCCGCUCCCCCCACGGGCUUCGGCACUUCACCAACCUCACCAGGUCCCUACCAUAUUUUCUUCACCAUGUCCCUUCUGGAGGCAAGAGUAACUGCACUGUCUGAGGAUAUUCAAGAAGAGAAGAAGACAUUUGAAAUAUGCUGCAGUGUGUCUGUGGAAGUAGAGUAAAAUAGAUCUGCCUUUUUGGGAUUUGAAACUUAAUUGUACACAGAACAUGAAGUAUUGAAGAUGGAUUAUCUCCCGAAUCUCAUUUCUUGUGCUACCUCCUACCACUGUAGAACUGCUUAUAGCAGCAGCUUUUAUUGACAAGACUCCCAAAACAUGUAGCUGGAUGUCUGCAUUUUAAUGAACACUUGUGGCUCUGGCUGAUCACUUCAGAAUUAUAGGAUAGCAGGGUUUUUUUUUUAACUGUAUUUUGUUUUGUGCCGUGUAUGGUAGGCUUAUUUUUUAACUAACUUAAAUUUUUUAGUAGUGUGAUACUCUACAAAUGAAUUAUAGCAAAUUAUAAAUCAAGUUUCUUGGCCCCUCUAAUGCUUAUUAAAUAAUUUACCAUUAAUAUCCUGAACCAUCCCAUUUCAUAAAAUAAUCAUUUAAUACAGUAUGCAAACUACCACAUUUUGAGCCAAGUCUUAAAUUAAUUUUAAAUGGCUCUAGUAUUUUUCAUCACUUAGUUGAAAUCCUGAUUUUCUUGGAGCUGAAAUUAACCAUGUUGUGAAAUCUCUUAAAGGCAUUUAUUUUACAUGAACUAAAACUAAGCACUGAAUACUGAAUUCACAUUUAACUGCUCAAUUAGCAGUAAUAAAUGGAGAUAAAUCUGCCUAAUAAUUAAACUUAAACUGGCAUUUCACUGUAUGUACUAUGUACAUGUGUUUCCAAGUAUCAGAUAUUUAACCCUCCUAUAACUUUAUUUUUCUAUGUAAGUUUGAUAGAAAUAACUUUUAUUUUUUUCUCUUGUACAUUUAAAAGGUUUUCAGUAGUAGUGUGGGGUUUUUUUAACCAAUUCAACUCUUCAAUUUAAUUUAAUUAAAUUGAAGAAUUUAAUUUAAUUUAAAAACCUAAUGAAAAGCCAAAUAUUUUUCCAUGUACUGAUAUUUAGCGUUAUUGCGUAACUCACAUUGAAACCAAACUGCACAGCAAUCAAAAAUGUCAAAAAGACCUCAAAUUCAUAUUUUUAUUGGAGCACCCAGUAUUCCAAGCCCACCUGAGGCACCAGGGCAAAGUAGCUCAUCAGCUACUGCUGAAAAAUGGAGAGAACUCCACUACUUGUGUGAUACACAUAGGCUGCUGUCUGAAAAAGUCCAAAAUGCUGAGCACUUAGUGUUUCAGGCAGAAAGGUCUGUGGUCACACCAGCUCCUGCAAGUAGUGAAAGCUUCCAGGAUGCUGAGCAUUUAGUGUUUCAGGCAGAAAGGUCUGUGGUCACACCAGCUCCUGCAAGUAGUGAAAGCUUCCAGGAUGCUGAGCACUUAGUGUUUCAGGCAGAAUGGUCUGCAGUCACACCAACUCCUGCAAAUGGUGAAACCUUCCAGGAUGCUGACCACUUAGUGUUUCAGGCAGAAAGGUCUGUGGUCACACCAACUCCUGCAAAUGGUGAAACCUUCCAGGAUGCUGAGCAUUUAGUGUUUCAGGCAGAAAGGUCUGUAGUCACACCAACUCCUGCAAAUGGUGAAAGCUUCCAGGAUGCUGAGCCCUUAGUGUUUCAGGCAGAAAGGUCUGUAGUCACACCAACUCCUGCAAGUGGUGAAACCUUCCAGGAUGCUGAGCCCUUAGUGUUUCAGGCAGAAAGGUCUGUAGUCACACCAACUCCUGCAAAUGAUAAAAGCUAUCAGCUGUCUGAACAGGAGACAUUAAUGGCAGCAAAAGGUCUGACAUCUCUUGUACCUCUGGCAAUAACUUGUACCAGUGCACAUAAAAAGACUAUAUGUUUCAUUGAUAGUCAAAUGUCUAAAGAUGGGUGUGCCCAUGCAAAUGUAAACCAGGCUAUGGACCAACACCUACAAAACUUUGCAGUGUCAGCUAGACAAAACGAACAGCCACAUAGCAGUGUUUCAGACCUCAUGGAAAGAAAAGCCAGUCCUUUUGAAGCUAACAGCUCUGAUAUUUCUGAUUUGGUUGCCUGUACUAAGCAGAUUAGCAUUCAUCGGAGCUCUGUGGGACAGGGUGUUCAAUCAGAUCAUACAAGUAAUCAUUCUGAUCUAAGUCAGUGUUUUGAUCUGCCUUUCCUCCGAAAUCAAGAGUCAAAACCAAAAAGAGAAGCAAGUGAUUGUUCAGACUUUGCAGUGUCAACAGAGACUGAAUUUUGUAGUAUAAUGACUUUGAGUCAGAUGGCUGUUUUGAUGCAGAGUCAGAAUGAUAUGCAGAAGAGAAUCCUAAAGCUAUCAGGAACACAAGAUGGGGAAAAAAAUGAAGAAAGGCACAGUGAUGGCUUCCAAUGUGAUUCUAAUGUUGGAACAUGCUCUAAUGUGGCUGAAAAUGAAUGUAAGGAAGUGUAUGCAAGCUCUCUUGAACUUUUCAGCUCUGAGUGUGAUAGGAAAAAUAUAUGCAUCGAAGCUACAAAACAAGAAGGAAGUGCUCAGGAAAAUACAGCAAAGGCUCAAGAACUAAAUGUUCCUGUUGCACAAUUUGUAAAUGAAAUCCACAUUGAACCACUGAACUCAGGAAUACUGUGCUCUCAAGUAGACAGUUGUCAUAAGAGCUCUUCUAAGAGAGCCCACAAUUAUGAAGAUUCCUUUCCUAGUUUUCACUCAACACUUAAAAAGGAUCUGAAAUCCAAGAGAGCUAAACUGAAUUCUUCUCCAGCUGGUCCUGGGAUGAAAGCGGCUCAAGAGAAGACAACAGAGUUCAAGAAACUUCAAAUGAAACUAUCACUACUUAAGAACUGCUGCUGCAAAAAUCAAAAGUACAAUGUUUUGGUCACAAUAGUGCAUCCUUGUCAUAUCAAAGAAGUGCAGGUGAAGAGUAGACCAAAGUCUUCAUGUAAAGUUCCUGUAGCAACAAUUGUAGUUAUUGACCAAUCAGGAGUUGAAAGAAAGGUGGUCUUGUGGCAGGGUGCUGCAUUUUGGUCCCUCACCGUGUUUCCUGGGGAUAUCGUACUGCUUACAGAUGUCAUAAUGUAUGAGAAUACUUGGUGUGGAGAGAUCAUGCUGCAAUCUACGUUCACCAGUCAGCUACUGAAUCUUGGCAACUGCUCAGCUCUCAAUCCAGAAGAAUUUUAUCCUGUAGUGGAUGGCAGUGUUCUUCAUGGCUUGCUGGCAUACAUCUCAUCAGAACUUCCACAUUUUGGAGUCAUUCCUCCAAGACAAGUUCAGAGGCUGGAUAGCGUACAGUAUGUGCAGCUAGACCAGCUGCAGCCAAAUACAUUGGUUCACUCAGUCUUGAAAAUUAUCAGCAUUACCAUAUUAACAGAAUCUCUGUAUAGCUACAGGGGUGGCACCCAAAGGAAGAUUAUUCUAACAGUAGAACAGAAAAGAGAUCAACACUACAGGAUGGUGUUAUGGGGAGCAGGGGCUGCCUGGUGCCCUCAGAUUCAAAGGAAAAAAGAUCACAUAUGGGACUUCAAAUAUCUUCUGGUCCGGUGUAGUUCUGUAUCAGGUGACUUUGAACUGCACACAACUCCGUGGUCAUCCUGUGAGUGCUUAUUUGAUGAUGACAAAAGGGCAGUUGAAUUUAAAGAACAGUUUCAGAAAAGCAAACUAUCUUGCAUGCAGGUGACAAAGCUCUCUGCACAUUUGGAGGGAAAAUGCUCAGGGGUGUUUCAAGUGAGAGCCCACAUCUUGGAAAUGAAGUUUACUGUUUCAACUGGGCAGUACAAACAACUUACCUUCGGUGCUGAUACCUCGGUGCAGUCCGUUUUAGCUUCUCUGCCUAUGAUCACAUACUCAGGUUGUGCUAAAUGUGGUUUGGAACUGCAGACGGAUGAGAACAUGAUCUACAAACAGUGUGUUAGAUGUUUGCCUUACAAUGAAGUAAAAACAUUCUACAGACCUGCUUUGAUGACAGUAGAAGAUGGAGGAUAUGAAGUUUAUGUUCAUGUGGCAUCUGAAUUGAUGGAAAAAAUCUUCCUUAAUAUUCCUGCUCACUGGCUCAACAGAUUAGUAGUGCCCUCUGCAGAUGUAACCUACAGCACAGUUGUAGCAGAUCUGUGUCACUUGCUUCUGGCAGACACUGGAGCAACGUAUUUGUUGGAAAUAAAGAGCCAUUUUGUGCUAGAUGAAAACAGCUGUCCUUUGCAAAAAGAUUUCCAUCUGCUAAGUUUUCAUCCUGAUCUUUGAAGCACUGAGGCUGCUGCAGCAACAGCGUUGCAGAGACUAUAGGAACACCUAGAUGGCGAACAGAACUAAAAUGAAAUAGCUCAAGGAAGCAAGUACCUUGGAAAACACAAGAAAGGAUUUGGGCUUUAAUUUAAACCAGCAAAAAUCUGGUAUGGAUUAUCUGCUGCUGCUAUGUAGCACUGCUGUAAUACUGAUGAAUUGUCAUAAAGGGUAUUUUUAUAAAUGCAUUUUACCUUAAA